CAUUUGAGGAUUAUCACAGCUUAGUAUAAAUUACGAACCCAAACCGCUAGCAUCUUUCAUGUCGUUUGCGGUGUUAGCAAAAUGAACAUUAAGGGGUUACUUUGUGCGUUGGUUGUGAUGGUGGCGUUGGCGGGGCGCGAAAGUGAGUGCGCGAGGAUUUUAGCGAUUUUUCCUGCGCCCGCUAAAAGCCAUCAGAUAGUGUUUCGCGCGCUAGUCAAAGGGCUGCUGGCUCGAGGACAUCAUAUCACUAUGAUGACCACCGAUCCCUUCGAGACCAAUAAUCCAAACAUAACUCAGAUCAAUUGGAACUAUGCACACAAAAUUGUGGAGGAAAAUUUCGAUGUGGCCAAAAUGAGGCAGCAGAACUGUAACUCGUUGGAUAUCGCCACCCAGUUGCUGGUGGUGACGAAAAAAUUCAUCGAAGCCGAACUGAACCAUCCGGAAGUGCAAGCGUUGAUAAAGAACGCUAGUGAUGAACAUUUCGAUGUGUUGUUAGUGGAAUAUUUUCAAAUGACUCCGUUCUUCGCGUUCGCGGAACUGUUUAACAUACCGAUGAUCGGAGUGACCUCGAUCGAUUCGAUUGCAAUGGCUCAUGAAGUGGUUGGAAAUGUGAUGAAUGUGGUUGCCCAUCCGGAGAUGAACCUUAAAUUUUCUUCGAGUCCAAACUUCCUCCAGCGGAUGGAGGCGGUAAUCAACAAGAUUUUCAUCGAUCAUUAUCUGAUCCCGAGGGAGUUCGCCAAGUACGAUAAAAUUAUAGAGCAGAAUUUUGGCAGCAACAUGACCAAAUCCAAAGAACUGAUGCAUCGUAUCGACUUCCUCAUGACCAAUGUGGAACCAGUGAUGGGGUUUGUUCGACCGAAUGUCCCACGCGCCAUUCAACUGGGAUUUCUUCACGUCGAACCGCCGAAGGCACUACCAGCUGAUCUUCAGUCGUACCUGGAUAACUCCCAACGUGGUGUAAUCUACUUCAGCCUGGGCACGCUGAUCCGUAGUGACUCGAUUAACUUGAAAAAUCUAAACAUUUUUGUGGAAACGUUCAAAUCGCUCAAGUAUGACAUCUUGUGGAAGUGUGACAGUGAAGUGGAUCUGAACGGAACCAGCAACAUUCGCGUUGCACGAUGGCUGCCCCAGCAGGAUCUACUCGCCCAUCCAAAUGUCAAACUGUUCGUGAUGCAGGGAGGCCAACAGUCGAUGGAGGAGGCGGUGGAUCGCCAGGUGCCAAUGGUGGUGAUUCCUUUCAAUUUCGAUCAGUUCGCCAACGCCGAUCGGAUUGUCGAGCGAGGAAUUGGCAAAUCGAUCUGGAUGGAACGACUCACCGUGAGGGAUUUGCGGGACGCGAUUGUGGAAGUCAUCGGUAAUAAAAAAUACAAGCGGAAUAUCGAGCGGCUUAGCCAGCUAGUCAAGGACCAACCGAUGCAGCCCAUCGAGAAAGCCGUGUGGUGGACUGAGUACAUUAUUCGUCAUCAGGGCGCAGCUCACUAUCGCUACCAUGCGGCUCAGAUGCCUGUUUGGCAGUAUCAUUACUACGAUGUGGCGGUUACGUUUCUGAUCGCGGCACUGGUUGGCGCAUACGUGACGCUUCAUGCUGUCAGACGAUUUUUCAACUAUCUUUUUGACUAUCCUUCAGUGGAGCAGGGCAAAAAACAAAAGAUUCUGUAAAUAAUUUAUUCUGGAAUUUUGAUUCGUUGAUAACAGAGAAUGCACUCGGAGAUCGUUUGAUCUUAAUAGUGUAUGUACGGAAAUGUUACGACAGGUCAAUGUACUCAAGAAGCAAGCGGGACAAACACACAAAAGUUUUAUAACGAUGAUUGCGUACAUUAGCGUAUGCAAACACUGAACCACGAGCGAGGCGCUUGCAGACGGGUAACCUUGAGGACCUGAAAUUGAGAGUGAUGCGAUUUUGUAAUCUGCAGGAGUUUUUUUUUGUGUAUGUACAGACCUCUUACGUCUUUUUUUUUUUUUGUUGUAUAUUGUCCGUUUAGGUUAGCGAAGCCGAAGUUUAAGUUAAUGUUUAUUUAAGAUAUUCACACCCAUCAUAAGCCCCAUUCAUCAUUUGUAUUUUACCCAUUCAAAGAGAAAUAUAUACGAUUCGGAUAGAUAUACGCUAGAAGCGGAUAGAAUUUAAGUGGGCCAGUCGGGUGAGUGUCAGUGUUACGGUGUGGCAAGUGGCCCACCGCUGUCGAUUGUACCAAAAUAU